GUGCAUACUUGCAAGCCACCUUGGAAGAUGUCGGGUUGGCCAAGACGAUUCUCCGGAUACCAGCCGAGGAAGAUGUGGUGAAGUUCACUGACUACCUCAGAGUUCGAACGUUACCAGCCUCAUUACUGCAGUCGGAGGAACUGCUCGAUCUCUUCUACCAGGAGCUCCGCAGCACUUUGGCCAGUUGUUACCUGGAUCGGAUCUGCCCAACGUUGCAGGAGGUUGAACAUCGGUUCAAAACUCAUCUGCCACCUGGGAGUCCGCAUGAGCUGGAUGUGGCCUUGGUGCUGCCAAUGCUUGCUCGAAAAGUCCCAGACACGUAUCACAUCCUCCCUGCAGAUGGGCGUGGGCGGCCGAUCAUGGUCUUCUUCUCCGAGGCGCCUUCCGGCUUCAAAGGCUUCCUGGACGUGGACUGCACGCUGCAAGGUGAUGGGGACUUCUCGCAGGAAUCCUGGGAACAGCUUGACAAGGCCCUGACCGACUCUUUCCGAAUCUCCUGCGACUUUCGCCAUGCCGCCUUCGACGUCCGCUCGAAGGUGCAGCACUUCAAAGACUGGCCACUUGCAGAGGUGGAGCUUUUGCUCCAUGCAGCCGUGGGGAAGAAGAAACUGGCUCCGUGGGAGGACCAUCUUGGACCAGCAGAGCAUGUCCACUCCCUCGUCUUAGAGAGAAAUACCAAGCAGUGGGAAGGAACCUUGGGGCACAAGAAGAAGGAAAGCUGGACACAUCCACACAGGGGGCAGAACGGCUAUUCCAAGUUCCAGAGAGAUUGGGAGGCGUACCAGCACUACGUAGCAGACAAGGAGAGCUUGCAGAUGGCGCAGCCCGGACAUCCUGACAGAGAUCAACACUGGCCCUCGCUGGGUCCUGCCAGGCCACAAGCACAGCGGGAGAGAAGGCAGUUGAACCUGUCCCAGCAGCUCUAUGGUGAUGGCGCGAAAAACAGAGCAGAGAGCGUACGCAGCAAUCGCAGCAGCAGCAGCGAAGCGAAAUAUCAGCUUUCAGGUCCAGUUCCGCCAGUUGAAAUACCGGAGGACGCCCGCUUGCAGGUAGAGACCCUGGUGUCGGCUUGUCCUGAUGGGCUUCGCUUCACCACACUCAAGAGGGUGCUACAUGCAUUCGACGAGGCAGGCGGCCCAAGCUACGGGAUUGUCGACCAGGUCUUGAACCCGAGCUUUCCAAUGGGACUGGAGGAGCCACCACCUGGGCUGGAGAAGCCACCGCCGGGGCUGGAGGAGCCGCCGCCAGGGCUGGCGCUGCCGCAGGACGUCAAUGCCCUGGCCUUUCAGUGA